AUGAGUGUUUAAAUUUGGAGAAGAAACUAAUAUGCAUAUCAACUUUAAAUUAAGAUAAAACUGUUGGAAAAGGUUGUUAAAAUACUCCUAAUUAAUGAACAAACAGUUCCGCUUAAAAUAUUUCAAGAAAUGUUGAUUAAGAAAUAAAAAGAAUCUCAGCCUUAUGAGAUAUCUGAUUUUACCAAAAAGAGAGAAUGGAUUUGA